CCCCCUGCCCUGACGCGACAGGAGCGACUUCCUCUCCCCAGGGCAUUUAAGACCCGGCUCCGGCUCCAGAGCGCCCGGGAGAAGUCCAGGCCGAGCCACCAGCCAGCCAUGGGGGACAUCUUCAUCCGCCACAUCGCCCUCCUGGGCUUUGAGAAGCGCUUUGUUCCCAGCCAGCACUACGUGUACAUGUUCUUGGUGAAGUGGCAGGACCUGUCGGAGAAGGUGGUGUACCGGAAGUUCACCGAGAUCUACGAGUUCCACAAAAUCUUAAAGGAAAUGUUUCCCAUCGAGGCAGGAGAAAUCAACCCCGAGAACAGGAUCAUCCCGCACCUCCCCGCUCCGCGCUGGUUCGAUGGGCAGCGCGCCGCCGAGAACCGCCAGGGGACGCUGUCCGAGUACUGCUCCUCGCUCAUGGCUCUGCCCCCCAAGAUCUCCCGCGGCCCGCACAUGCUGGGCUUCUUCAAGGUGCGGCCCGACGACCUGCAGCUGCCCGGGGACAGCCCGGUGAGGAAGCCAGAGACCUACCUGGUGCCCAAGGACGGCAAGAGCAGCGCCGCUGACAUCACGGGCCCCAUCAUCCUGCAGAGCUACCGAGCCAUCGCCGACUACCAGAAGACUUCGGGCUCCGAGAUGGCUCUGAGCAUGGGCGACGUGGUGGAAGUCGUGGAGAAGAGCGAGAGCGGCUGGUGGUUCUGCCAAAUGAAGGCAAAGCGUGGCUGGGUCCCGGCAUCCUUUUUGGAGCCCCUGGACAGUCCUGAUGAGGCUGAGGAACCAGAGCCCAACUAUGCAGGUGAGCCCUACGUCACCAUCAAAGCCUACACUGCUGUGGAGGAGGAUGAGGUGACCCUGUCCGAGGGGGAGGCCAUUGAGGUCAUCCAUAAGCUCCUGGACGGCUGGUGGGUGGUCAGAAAGGAGGACAUCACCGGCUACUUCCCGUCCAUGUACCUGCAGAAGGCGGGCCACGACGUGGCGCAGGCGCAGCGCCAGAUCAAGGGCCGAGGGGCGCCGCCUCGCCGGUCGACCAUCCGCAACGCGCACAGCAUCCACCAGCGGUCGCGGAACCGCCUCACCCAGGACACCUACCGCCGCAACAGCGUGCGCUUCCUGCAGCAGCGGCGCGGCCAGGCGCGGCCCGCACCGCAGAAGGAGAAUCCACGGAGUCAACGUGGGAAGCCGCAGCCAGCGGUGCCCCCGAGACCCAGCGCCGAAGUCAUCCUGCACCGCUGCAGCGAGAGCACCAAGCGAAAGCUGGCGUCCGCUGUCUCCGUGUGAGGCCAGGUGCGGUCGCCUCGGCCCCAUCCUUGUAUAUUCGUGUGUAUAGCCUGCAGUCGGUGCCCUGGAGCCCUCAGCCCAGGAGAUCAUCCACAUUCUCAAUAAACGUUGCUUGGAGUGAACAGAGGCCCUGAGCGACGUUGGGUGGGGUGGGGUCUGUCCCAGAGACCCCACUUCCACCAACUGGGAAUUGAAACCAGAGCCUUCACACUGAGUUACAUUCUCAGCUCUUUUUUUUAAAUUUUUGAGACAGAAUCUCUACGUUGCCCAGGCUGGGCUCGAACCUUCGACCCUCCUGCCUCAGCCUCCCAGAGUGCUGGAUUUCAGGCAUGUGCCACCACUCCUGGGCACGGGGAUAUUUCUGAAUGACAGGGGCCAGUGAGCUCCGCUGGGUGCUGGGUGCAAGCGGCAGCAGCAGAGGUCCCUGCUUGCACACUUCCUUGCUCUCGGCCAGGAACAGGUAUGCAGAAGGCCAAGAGCAAAAGGGAGUCCCAGUCCCAGACCUUUAGCCUGGACAGAGGCCCCUGCUCGAUGGAGCUCUGCCCCCAGGGCGGUGAGCACAAGCGCAGUAGGAGACUGGCUGUGUCCAGGGCGGGGCCACGCGGCCCCGAAGGAAAGCAAAGACACGCAGGUACAGAGGGUCCUCGCCACUCCGCUGUUCCUGCCCACCUAGGAGGCUGUGACAGAGCCACAUUCACGGACGGACCCCAGCACCGCCGCCGAACUGUGUUCGGCCUCAGAGCCCUUGCUGGGGGCUCUGUCCGCCACGGUGCAGAGCGGAACUGCAGAGGACACAAUUUGUAGUGAAGGCCACCCCAAGUGGCACAAGGCGCUGCUCCCCAGCUCGGGCAGUGGCUGUGAGGUGGACAAGGCCGGUCCCCUUAGAGGUGAGACACAAUCACGCGGACGGACGCUUCUGGAGAGAAUGUUCUGUCAAGAGGGUUGGGAGAGCCCUUCGGGGCCGGGACUUCGCAGGCCCUUCCUUCGUGGGAAAGUCUGGCAUCAACCGCUACCACAGAGCUAUGGGGAAAUGAAUAGACCCUGCCUGAUCACUGGCGCCUACGACCUUAUAAUUCUACGCAGAAUAAGCUA